AUCACAUGUACGGUUGAAGUUGUGGCGCCAGCUGCGUAACGGUGGGUUUUGCUCAAUGGACGAGAAAAGCACAAAGAUCAUCACGUGGCUCAAGAAAAUGUUUGGGGACAAACCCCUUCCGCCCUACGAGGUGAACACCAGGACGGUGGAGAUCCUGUAUCAGCUGGCAGAGUGGAACGAGGCACGGGAUAAGGAUUUAACCCUGGUCACAGAAGAUUUGAAGCUUAAAUCAGCCGAGGUUAAAGCUGAAGCAAAAUACCUUCAGGAUCUCCUUACUGAGGGCCUCGGCCCCUCUUACACCAACCUGUCUCGUAUGGGCAACAACUACUUGAAUCAGAUAGUGGACAGCUGCUUGGCACUGGAGCUAAAGAAUUCUUCCUUAUCCAGUUACAUUCCUGCUGUCAACGAUCUGAGUUCGGAACUGGUCGCUAUUGAGCUAAGCAAUCAGGAGCUGGAAGCUGAACUGACGGGUCUCAGGAAGAAGCUCACAGAGGCUUUGGUGCUGGAGAAGUCGCUGCAACAGGAUCUGAAGAAAGCUGAGGAACAGUGCAAUUUUGAGAAAGCCAAGGUGGAGGUCAGAGCCCAGAACAUGAAGAAACUGAAAGACAAAUCAGAAGAAUACAAAUACAAAAUCCAUGCUGCAAAGGAUCAGCUGAGCUCUGCUGGGAUGGAAGAGUCUCUCACCCAUCGUUCUCUUGUCUCUCUGUCUGAGACACAGACAGAACUAAACGCACAAUCCAUGGCUGCUAAGGAGAAGCUGAAUUCUUACCUUGACUUGGCGCCUAAUCCUUCUCUUGUGAAAGUGAAGAUUGAAGAGGCAAAGAGAGAACUUAAAGCUACCGAGGCAGAACUGACGACCAAAGUGAACAUGAUGGAGUUUGUGGUCCCGGAGCCAAGCAAGAGGAGGUUAAAAUGAACCCUGCCGUCUGUGCAGCCAUAUUGUAUUUAGAGCACUUGCGCUAAAAUAUUCUCCAGCGUAUGGGAAAGCAUUCCAACCCUAAGAAUGUUCAUGUACCUACCUACUCAGUAGGUACUACAGCCAUUCAUUGGCCAGCUAAUGUCACAUGGAGCGGACACAAGGAGUUCCAGGCAUUACAUACUGUAAAUAUGGCCUCCCCCACCACAUUGGAAAUGUUCUGAUAAUAAUUUGUUAUAUAUUUUCUAAAGAUUUGCUGUGAUGCAGAUACCUAUUGUUAUAUUUAAUUGCUGUAAAUAAACACUGCAUUUCA